AUGGCUGACGAUUGGUCGGUAAUUGUCGAACAACAAGGUGUACAACCGCCAGCACCGCUUGAGUUACCGGAAAUGGAGGAUCUACUACAGGUUGCUCUUUACGAUUCUGUUCAGCCUAAGCUUUUCAAUAAAUGGAGUCUGCAAGAUGUGGAUGUCAGUGACAUUUCACUUGUGGAUUACAUUGGAGUGAAGGAGAAACAUUCGAAAUAUCUUCCUCAUACUGCUGGGCGUUAUCAGACAGUGCGUUUCCGCAAAGCAGGAUGUCCGGUUGUUGAACGACUGUGCAAUUCAAUGAUGAUGCAUGGUCGCAAUAACGGUAAAAAACUGAUGACCGUGCGUAUUGUGAAGCAUGCUUUCGAGAUUAUUCAUUUACUUAGUGGUGAGAAUCCUGUGCAAGUUCUCGUGAAUGCCAUCAUUAAUAGCGGACCUCGUGAGGACUCGACCAGAAUCGGGCGUGCUGGUACCGUUCGCCGUCAGGCUGUCGACGUUUCACCACUUCGCAGAGUUAAUCAGGCGAUUUGGCUUAUUUGUACCGGUGCUAGGGAGGCGGCAUUCCGUAAUGUCAAAACCAUUGCUGAAUGCUUAGCUGAUGAAAUUAUGAACGCCGCAAAGGGCUCUUCAAACAGUUACGCAAUCAAAAAGAAGGACGAGCUGGAACGAGUGGCCAAGUCAAAUCGUUAA